CAGGCGUGUUUUUCUGGGUUGGUAUUGCGCCUGCGUAGUGACAGGAGUCCUUGGCUGCCCAGCCUGCUGUAGGUUACUUGUCGUGGGAAGGAACACAAACAAAAUGCAGAGCUGGACUCAGUUAUACCGGGCUCUGGCCACGCGGAGCCACCAGCUUCCCUGUAAACUGCACGGAGUUACGGCUGUGUCGGUCAGAACCUAUGCUGACAAAGCAGCAAUUGAUGCAGACGUCACAGUGGUGGGCUCCGGUCCUGGUGGUUACGUCGCUGCCAUCAAAGCUGCACAGCUUGGUUUCAAAACAGUUUGUGUGGAGAAGAAUCUUACACUAGGUGGGACAUGUCUGAAUGUGGGCUGCAUCCCUUCAAAGGCUCUGUUGAACAACUCCCACCUUUAUCACUUGGCUCAUGGAAAAGACUUUGAAAACAGAGGCAUUGAAAUUUCAGGCAUCACGUUGAACCUGGAGAAGAUGAUGGCUCAGAAGAGUGGGGCAGUCAAAGCACUUACGGGAGGAAUUGCACAUCUAUUCAAACAGAACAAAGUGACCCACGUCAGUGGUUUUGGGAGGGUCACGGGUAAGAACCAGGUGACGGCCAUGGCAGAAGACGGCAGUGAGCAGGUCAUCAACACUAAGAACAUCCUCAUUGCGACUGGUUCUGAGGUCACGCCCUUCCCUGGCAUCGAGAUUGAUGAGGACACUAUCGUAUCAUCAACAGGAGCUUUGUCUUUGAAGAAAGUUCCAGAAGAGCUGAUUGUGAUUGGAGCUGGCGUCAUUGGAGUGGAACUGGGAUCUGUGUGGCAGCGUCUGGGCUCCAAGGUCACAGCUGUGGAGUUCUUGGGCCAUGUGGGAGGCAUGGGCAUCGACAUGGAAAUAUCCAAGAACUUCCAGCGGAUUUUGCAAAAGCAGGGUGUGAAGUUUAAACUUGGCACCAAAGUCCUGGGAGCCACCAGAAGGGCUGACGGCAAGAUUGAUGUGGCAGUGGAGGCAGCAGCGGGGGGAAAGAAUGAAACACUGUCGUGUGACGUGCUGCUGGUGUGCAUCGGCAGAAGACCUUUCACUCAGAACCUCGGUUUGGAAUCAGUUGGCAUUGAGCUGGACAACAGGGGGCGCAUUCCUGUCAACAACCGUUUCCAGACCAACGUACCCAGCAUUUAUGCCAUUGGUGACGUGAUUGCUGGGCCCAUGUUGGCGCACAAGGCUGAGGACGAGGGCAUCAUCUGUGUGGAGGGCAUGGCUGGUGGAGCUGUGCACAUCGACUACAACUGUGUUCCCUCCGUCAUCUACACUCACCCAGAGGUGGCUUGGAUUGGAAAGAACGAGGAGCAGCUGAAAGAGGAGGGCGUUCCAUACAAAAUUGGAAAGUUCCCCUUCGCUGCCAACAGCCGAGCCAGGACCAACGCUGACACUGACGGCAUGGUGAAGAUCCUCAGCCACAAGGAGACGGACAGGAUGCUGGGAGCCCACAUCUUGGGAUCUGGAGCAGGAGAGAUGAUUAAUGAAGCUGCUUUGGCCAUGGAGUACGGAGCCUCCUGUGAGGAUGUGGCCAGAGUGUGUCACGCACAUCCAACAGUGUCAGAGGCCUUCAGAGAAGCAAACUUGGCCGCCUCCUUUGGCAAAGCCAUCAACUUUUGAUCCACCAGCCGCUGUCGCACCUUCAGUGUAUAUAAAUAUAACAGAUGAAAAACUGGGGAAAAGCUGUGUCUGUGUCUGAACCUUCAUCCAGUCUCCUGGACUCGUCUGUCCUCAUCAACACACUCACAUUUAGUUCUGUUAUUUAAGUGUCCUGUGCAAAAUACCAAUAAACGGGUUGGGGCAGUAAACCAAUCACUGGCUGCAGAUCAGUCGUCUUGUUUUCUAUGAGCAUAUGUUUUAACAUCCUUGUAUAUUUGUAUGUUAUGGACUGUAACAGAGUUAUAGAGGUAUACGUACCAUUUUGGGUGAAAGGAAGUUUUCUUUUAAUGUCCAGGACAGACAGCAUAGAGAAUCAUAGAGACAAAUGAUUCAGCCGUUUUUAACAACAGUUCAUCCUUAGUCGAAGCAGUGAAAGUCUCUGGGAUAAAUAAAAAUAGAGACAGAAAAUAUGUAAAGCAAUUUUUGACUCCCUCUUUUGUAUAAACGGGGUGUUUGUGGCACUUUGACCAAAGAGUGAUACACUACACUGUAUGACUUGUUUUGGAGGGAAAUGAACAACGUGAUACACUCUGGUUGAUGGUUUGUUAUUUUAUUGACUUCACCCUAAAUGAUUGCCCUGUUUUUGCUCAACUCUCCAGUACAACCAAUAAAAGUACAAUCUACAGAAAAAAAAA